AUGGCAGAGAAGUUGGUGAAUGUGAGGUAUAACUAUGAUGGCACAUUCAACAAGACAAGUUAUUCAGGGGGGAAGAGUAUUAUUUUCAACUGCCAAGACGUGGAUGAAUUUUCAUAUACAGUGGCGCUAGAAAAUGUCAAGGAUUGCCUCAACUGUACUGAAAUUGGAGGAUUAUAUGUGCUGAAUGGAAAACCCCUACAAUGGAAGCUUCUGAAGUGUGAUUCAGAUUUGCUUCAACUGGUAGAUGCCUGCGAAAGUGGUGGGGACAUAAAUAUAUAUGUGGAUUGUGUUGUUGACAAAGAAUGCAAGCCACUGGAGCCAGGGGUGCCAUUUCUAGUCGUACGACCAAGAAAGAACAUACUUAAAGAACAUCUACAAAUCAAACAGAAUAGGCGUACUUUUGUUUCUUCACACCAACUACAGCAACAAAGGCAAAGCAAGAGGAUUCCAAGGUCACCUCAGAUGCAGGAGGUUGAACAGAACAAGCUUCCAAAAUCACCACGUUUGCAGGAGCUAGCGAAGAAGAAUCUUCGAAGCUCAACUCAUUUGCAAGAGGUUCAAAACAACAAUCUGCCAAAGACACCUCCAAAGAAUCUUCGAAGCUCAACUCAUGUGCAAGAGGUUCAAAACAACAAUUUGCCAAAGACACCUCCAAAGAAUCUUCGAAGCUCAACUCAUUUGCAAGAGGUUGAAAACAACAAUCUGUCAAAGUCACCGCGUUUGGAGGACCUACAGAAGAAUCUUUCAAGCAACCCUCAGUGGAAGAAAGAUGUAAGCCCCAACGCUGUAUCUGCAUUGGUGGCGAAAAGGAGGUUACACUUAUCAAAAUUGGAUACAAUUGAGUCGGGCCGAGUGAAUGAGUAUGAGCUGCGUAAAAUUCAGAAUGUGGAAGAAAACAAAAAAAAGUUCAAGGAACUCGGAUUAGGAAAAUAUGCUGCUAAUCCAAUUAAGCCGAUAGUCCAGCAGAGUACAAAGGAAAAUAAGGAUCGGGAAGAUCCUGAAUAUGUUGUGGAAAAUGAGACGGGAGAUGAAAGUGAUGACACUUCAGAGGGAAUCAAAUCUGUCCAGAAACGGAAAGCAAUACCUGGUCCCAGAACUCGUUCGCGAGCAAAUGAUAAGGAUUUGGGUGAUAAGGAUCCGGUGGAUCCUAUCGACAAAGGCAAAAAGGUUGCUGCUGCUAGUACCAAAAGUGCAAAACUUAUAAAGCCAACAUGCAGCAAACUGCUAAAACAAGGGGAUAAUUCUGCACCAAGUGGUACAAUUGCUGCGUAUAUGGCCCUGCGAGAACGUCAGAAGCAGAAUCUUGAAGCUGAAAUGAGGAGAGAGGAUGUUGGUGAUACAGAUUUACAAAAUGGAAGUGAAGGUGAAGAAGUAGAAGAAGAACCUAAAAGACGUAGAGGACGUUCAAAAAUGUUAAAAGUUCAUGCUAGGACUGCUGCUGAAAAGAUCUUUGUUAAACUGAGUAAACGAGGUCAACCAAUUGGAGAGCGCAAAACUAGAUCCGAGUUGAGCAAUUUCCUGGGGACUCUAGUUAAGGAUCACGUGUCACUUACUUAUGUUAAUUGGCAUGUUGUUCCAGAUGAUUUGAAGAAGAAAAUGUUGGAAUAUACUUUGGAGAGGUUUGAUAUAGCACCAGAAGGGGAAAAGUGGGUGUACAAGACACUUAAUUCAUCCUGGAGAACACACAAGUCUCGUGUCAAGCUGAUGCAUUACUCCCAAUUUGACAAUGAUGAGGAGAGGAUUCAAAACAGGCCGGAUCAUAUUCCGCUCGAGGAUUUUAAGAUGCUGUUGGACUACUGGGCGGACGAUGGAGUUCAGAUUUUGGCUGAGGAUAAUAAGGCUCGUCGCAAUAUGUAUGUUGAGACACACACUCUCGGUUGCAAGAGUCUUGCUGAGCUUAGAACAACACUGAAACAAGAUGACCCAAAUCAGAGGUCCCCAUCAGAGGCUAAAAUAUUUGUAGAAAGUCGCAAGCGCAAGCCUGGGCACGAGUACAAGUUAAGUCCAAAAGAGUCUGUUGAAAAGAUAACGAAAGAAGGAAAUGAUGCAGCUGAGCUCGUUCCCAAAAAGAAAAAGAACCGGCCAGAUUGGUUGGUGGGAAGGCAAGGUAAAACAGCAGCUUCGACAGAAACUCCAGUUGAUCCGGUUACACAAUCUACAGUCGAGGAGCUGCGCACAAAGAUUGCUCAGCUAGAGAGUGAGAUGGAAGCAAAGGUCAAUACAAAAGUUCAACAUAACAUGGCCUGGUUGCUGAAGAAACUCGGAGAGGCAAAUCCGGGUCUGAAAGUUGACAUUACUCAUGACUUUUGUGCAACUGUUUCUAGUGAUGGAGAUCAAUUUGGCACUCCAAUCACUCCUGGCACCGCUUCUGGAACCGCUCCUGGCACCACCCAUGGCACCACCGACUCUUUAAUAUAA